AUGCGCUUGACCUCGCUUCUGAUUACCGCGCUGCUCUCGCGACAGAGCAUUGCAUUCGCUCACAAGACGACCGGACCUUAUGACGACCUCGGCUCGUUUCAGAAUCCAGCAUCUCGCGCACGUCCUCGUUUCCGCUACUGGCUGCCGGAUGCCAGCGUUGACCCCGGACUCGUCCAACAGAAUAUCAAAGAUGCUGGCGCUCUAGGUGCUGGUGGUGUUGAGUUCCUCCCAUUCUACGCUUAUGGCUCCGAGGUAUCAGGAGCGGAUUGGGUGAUUUACGGCUUCGGCACCCCAGCGUACCUCAAAAUGUUCAAAGCUGCUCUCGAGGCUCACAAAGAGGCCGGCCUUGCCAUGGACUUUCCCCUUGGUCCUAACCAGGGCCAGGGAGUGCCUGCACGGUAUGAUGAUGAGGGGCUUCAGUGGGAUCUGGCCCCCUACGCAGUUGCUAUCCCUCCGAACGGAUCUUAUGAUGGCAGGCUUCCAGGCUGGGAUACAGGCGAUUUGGUGGCACUUGUUACGGCUCAGGUCCUUUCUGCUCGGAACAUCGCAGGCCAGACCGUUACGACUUUCUACACUGUGGCAGUGGAGGAUCAUAUGCAAUACGUGCUCAAGAAUGCAACACUACAGGACUGGACAGACAAUGUAUCAUCGGAAGGCACCGUUCGUCUGAAGCUCCCUUCGUCUCACGGCGAAACUUAUCUGCUUUUUGCAUUCUACCAGUACCUGACACACACCCAAAAUCUCCCAGUCAGCUCAAACAUGACCGGGACAAUCUUUGACAAUGGAUCCUACAUUGUCGAUCACUUCAGUGCGAAGGGAGCACAGGUAGUCACCAAAUUCUGGGAUGACUAUUUGCUCGAGGACGCUGAGGUCAAGGAGCUUCUGUCCGAGGUUGGUAACUAUGGCUGGGAGGACAGUAUCGAGGCGACUUCGAACAUAUCGUGGACGCCAUCACUGCCGAAAGUCUUUUAUGACAAGUAUGGCUAUGACCUGAAGCGUUUUCUACCACUGUUCAUGUUUGGCAACAACAACAUUGGCAUUCAGAAUGCUGCACCAGGCUCAGUAGAGUGCCUGCUAGACACUCCAGACCAAGGAAAGGGAUAUGUGAAUGACUUCCGUGGCGCUCUGAUGGAGGGAUACCGGGCCUACGUGGAGCAUUACACAAACUGGACCAACGCAAUGAACCUACAAUAUUCAUCUCAGGUUGCCUACAACCUACCUGUUGAUGUGUUGGCUAGUGUCCCAUAUGUCAAUGCACCGGAGUGCGAGAGCUUGCAGCACCAGAACAAUGUUGACAGUUAUCGACAAUUCUCUGGUCCUGCGAUCUUAGCAGGAAAGAAAGUCAUCUCGAACGAGUUGGGCGCUGUCCCGACAGAAGCAUAUAGCCAUACGAUUACAGAGCUUCUGUGGCAAGUCAAUCGAGCGGCUGCAGGGGGCGUCAAUCAGGUCGUGUUGCAUGGGCAAUCCUACUCUGGAAACUACUACAAUACGACAUGGCCAGGCUAUACAGCGUUCUUCUAUCUGUUUUCGGAAUCAUACUCUGAGAAGCAGCCAUACUGGAACCACGGAUUCUCGGAAGCCUUGAACCACAUUGCGAGGUUACAGUAUUCUCAGCGCAAGGGUAUCCCCAAAGUUGACUUGGUCGUCUACAGCAAGGACUCCGCAUCUGAUCCGUAUUUGGGCACUGUCUAUAACCAGGCUGAUCUGAUCGGAAAUGAAGGUUACACCUAUGCCUACUUGUCACCCGAGAACUUCGCCUUGCCUCGAGCCUAUGUCAAGAAUGGAUCACUGGCACCGGAUGGCCCCGAACUUUGCGCCAUGAUUAUCCCAGGGCCGAGUAACCUCACUCUUGAUGCGAUCGGCUAUAUCAAAGAUUAUGCCCGUGCAGGUCUUCCGGUGAUCUUAUCAGGUGGACUGCCCAACAUCUACUUCACAGAAGAUGGGACUGAGACUGCCGCUCGGGCAGGGCUGGCCUCUCUGCAGGCAACCCAGAAUGUCUAUACAGUCGCUGCUGGUCAAGUAGCUAGCAAGCUCUCAGCUUUGGGAAUCUCGCCCAGGGUCAAAGUGCAGGCAGAUAGGACCUGGUAUUCGACCUGGAGAUCCGACAGCGACGGCACAGAGUAUCUUUUCAUCCUCUCGGACCUGGUCAAGUCUGCUGGCACGGUAAGUGUCGCAACCACCAAACAGCCCUACUCACUAGAUCCCUGGACUGGCGAAGAGAGGCCGAUUUUGGCAUAUCAGCAGAAAUUUGGCCGCACAGUGAUCCCCUUCUCUUUCGCUGCAAACCAGACCGCCAUACUGGUCUUCGGGAAUACCACGACGUCUGCGACGUCGCUCCGUACCACCGAAAUUCCCGCUUCAAUCAUCGGGCAUGAGUACAGUCAAGCAGGGAGCCUUCAUCUGCACGUCUCAUCCAGCAGCCUGGCAGAGACAUCACUGCCACUCUCCAACGGCAAAACCAUCACGCAGCUCACCAACCGCACCGUCGCCCCAAGCAUCACUCUUUCUAACUGGAGUCUCACCGUCGAGCAUUGGGACCACCCUCUCAAUAUCGGCGAUGCCUCCACCAUUGCGCUCAAACACAACACCACCCACAAGCUCACUUCCCUUGUCUCUUGGCGCGACAUUCCUGCCAUCGCCAACGCCUCUGGAAUAGGCUACUACACCCACAGCCUGGCCUGGUCGCCUUCAGCAUCUGCCUCAGGCGCAUACCUCCUUCUACCGAAAGCCACCAACGGGGCGCGGGUCUACGUGAACGGACACCGCGUCCCGCCCUUCGACUACCAGGCCCCGAAGAUCCACAUCAGUCCGUACCUUCACGCCGGCACCAACGACAUCACUGUAGAGGUUCCGUCCGUGAUGUGGAACUACCUCCGCUCCAUUUUUGCUGAGCUCUGGACAGGCGGCAUUCAUCCGACGGAUGUCUUCAGAGCCUAUGGAGGCUUGCCCGGAACAGUGGACAACGGGCUUAUCGGAGAGGCAACGGUUGUGCCAUAUGUAGAUGUGCAUGUAGGAUGA